UAUACAUUACAGAAAUUACAGAAAAUAAAAAAAAUCAAAUAUCCUGCAAAGUUUCCAAACCAAACUGGUUGAAGCUCGAAGGCUUAAAGGUCAAACUGGUAGUGACAGUGCAACAAGCUUUGUUUUCACACUUUCAUUCUCACUCUCACUCUACCAACAUAGAGAGAGAAAUAAACAACAUCAAAGAUACGAUUUUUCUCUCACGAAACUCUCCGAUCGAAAAGGUUUCGUACAAGAAUUAGCUCAAUGUCUUGGGCUGCUCCUGAUGAGCUCUUGCUCUCCACCUCCCUUGCUACAUAUCUUGACAAAAAACUUCUCGUCCUGUUACGAGAUGGUCGAAAACUUUUGGGUUUAUUACGCUCGUUUGAUCAAUUUGCUAAUGUUGUUCUAGAGGGUGCGUGUGAACGUGUAAUUGUCGGCGAUCUUUAUUGUGAUGUCCCUUUAGGCCUUUAUGUAAUUCGAGGGGAAAAUGUUGUCUUAAUUGGAGAGCUGGACUUGGGGAAGGAAGAACUUCCACCGCAUAUGAUAUGCGUCUCAGAGGCUGACAUAAGAAAGGCUCAAAAAGCAGAACGUGAUGCUAGUGAUCUAAAGGGCAUGAUGAGGAAAAGGAUGGAAUUUCUUGAUUUUGACUGAGACUUCCUACAAUCAUAAUAAUCAAGCUGGUCUCAUCUGCAAAUUUUAAUGCAGCUGUGACUCAUGUUGGACAACAAUGGGUGGAGUGGAAGAAUAAGUAUGGUAGAUGUGCAUUUGUGUUCUUUAGAAACCAGAGAGACAUGAGACCAAAUACUUUGCAGCAAUUUACUUCCUU